CAUCUGAAUGGUUGCUAUGGGCAACUGGGCAACUUCUACUCUGCACAGGUUUUGAUAAAUCUCCCCCUAUGUGAUGGUAAUGUUUGUGGUCCCCUGAGGAAGUCAUUGGAAAGGUGCGCUAUGGGGAUUUGCUCCUGCUCUGGAUAGUUCCUGACACGGACAGAGGUGGCAGCAGAGAGCACUGUGUCAGACUGGAAAGAACAACACAACUUCCCGUGGAGCAUACAGCAGCUGGAAGGAGGAUGAGAAUGUGCUGACAUAGUGAGGAGACGUCUGGGCGUCACAUUCUACAGAGAGAAGAUUUAGCUGGACCAGGCGGAGAAGCUGGUCUACCUCGGUGGUGUAUAGGUCAACUACGCCCUGGCAUCACGAAACGGUUGACUACACAUUACCCUCAACGACAAAGCAACCUUUGGCAUCACUAACAGGAUACAGGGCACUGGUCUGGCAGGCGGAGGGUUAAGCAUCACGGAGCACCUUCACACUGCAGCGAGCACAGGUGAGACUGUAUCGCCCUAGACUUUGCUCCAUGUGUUCGGUACAAGGAUCCUAUUACUGUUUAACCUGCCUGUGCCCGCCCCUGUUGUCUGGGGCGUAGGUAGGGAGCCCAUUGCCUAACUGGGAGAGACAGAGCGAAAGGCGAAUCCCAUUGUGAGCGAAUCGCCCUCCGCAGACCUGCCUCAUCCUGCUCACCACAGGAACACAUCUAAUACAGCUCAAUUGCUUGUGACAGUCACUUCUCAUACACCAGGGACACUACACCAGCACCAUGACCGAAUUCCCUGCCAAAGUCAGCACCCAGACCAGCACCCCGGAAGCCUCCAGUGGCAUAGGAAGAUUCUGCCCCAAACCAGACAUUACAUUCUUAAUGUCCAUCCCUGGGAUUCUAAUGAUGGUCGAGAUUGUCCUGGGUCUCCUGGUUUGGGCGCUGAUCGCUGACGCUCACUAUUAUGCAGUGGCUGCAUAUGGGUGGGUCAUGUUUGUUGCAGUCUUCUGUUGGGUGCUCACCCUCAUCCUGUUCAUUAUGAUACUUCUGCAGUUGCAGAGGAGAAUUCCUGUUGUUCCUUGGCCUUUAACGGUGUUUAUCUACCAUGCUUUGUGUACUGCCUUAUAUAUAACUGGAUUCAUCACCUGUGCAGCUUCAGUGCAUGUAGGAUCAAGAGGGACUGGUGAUUACAAUAGAAGAGCAGCAGCCUCGUUCUUUGCCUGCCUUGUAAUGAUCGCCUACGGAGGAAGCACCUUCUUCAGUUUUGGUGAAUGGAGGGGCACUCAAAGUAACGCAGCGUCAGCUCAGGCCUGAACAAUUGCCGUCUAUAUGUAUUUGUGUUUUUUCAUUGACUGUCAUUAUCAAACCAAAAAUGAACUUGGAAUAAGCCAAUUGGAUGUUCCAUCCUCAGAACUCAACCGGAAUUACACAGAGAAAUGCACUAAACCUGAGAAUACUGGAGACAUCAUCUACAUCUAUGGAAAAACUGCAUAUGUAAUGUAAUAUAACACGGGGAGGGGCAGUGAAGAAUACAGAACCCAUGGACCAUUCUUAAGACCUGGAGCAGAUAACACAUCAUUUCCCCAACUAGUGCCGCAACAUCCGCAUUUCUUGCACUUAAAAAAAUCCAUGUUGGCAUAGUAUUUUCCUGAUCUUUCUUUACAACAUAUGGUACUUCAGCUGUUGCAGAACUGCAGCUUCCAGCAUGCCCUAAAACCCUCCAUCUGUCAGGGGAUGCUGGGAAUUAUAGCUUUGCUAAAGCCAUAGGUUGGUGAUCACUGAUGCUUUAAACACUUAACCAAGUGCAAUGCCUCUGUAUGUUGUGUCCUCCAUGCAUGUCUGCUUUAAGAAGAAAACCAAGGGCCCAGACCUUUUCAGGUGGCAUUAAGUUGAUCUAGGCAUCAGUUACUUUUUUGGGGGGAAAGUAAAUGCCUACAGUCUAUGCUCUCUUUAUUUUACAGGUGCAUGGAGUCUAUUUCUCCCUGUUAUUUGCUGCUUAGGGCUUGGACAGUAGUGUUUUACAUUAUGAAGAGUGUCAAAAAUUGUAACAUCAGCAAUUUCCUAGGUAAAUUUCCUAGAAUGGCUUCUUUAAAUACACCAGAAACCCACUGCUCAUGGCAAAACUUACCAAAUGCAUUUACAUGACUGCCGAUGCACAAGAUAUCUCCCACUUCUCACAGCUAAGGAUUUGAUACAAUGGGUCCAGUCUAGACAACCCUGGUAGCUGGUAGAAAUGAGCAAAGUUACAGUGAUUCGAUUCGUCCUAGGAAAGAGUCUCUUAGGCCUGUAUCCACCAUUUCCAGCCCACCGGAGCACCUGAAAGCUGAACUAAUUUAUGCAGGAUAAAGUCAUCAACUGCCGAGCCGAGAAGUUUGUAUCGAAUCACUGUAACUUCACUCAUCUCUAGUAGCUAGGUAGGCUGGACUUAAACUAAUCUGGGGACAAAAAUGGCCUGGUUUUCCCACAGCAACCAAUCACAGCACAGCUUUAAUUUUACCAAAGCUCAUUAAGAUAGGAAAAAUUUACUGUAAUUGGUUGUUAUGGUGGAAACCAGGCAGUUUCUGUGCCUAGAUUGGUAAAUCUGGGUCAUUGUAACAAAAGAUCAGAACAGUAGAAGGAUAUUUCGCUUUGUCUUCUCUCAUUUAUUAUAAUGCAAUCUGUCAGGGUUCCAUAAGAGAAAAUUUAAAUAUGAUUGGAACAGAGAACCAGUUUAAAUACAGACGUAGGGUAUGGUGACACGUGCCGUAUUUUGCUGCUGCAUAUUUUCCUACCCAUUGAAAUCAAUAGGUAGAAAUAUAUGCAGCCUAUUUUGCUACCUAUUUUCAAUGGGUAGGAAAGUGCACAGCAGCAAAAGACAGCACUUGUCACUUUAUACUUUACACAGAUGCAAACUCAACAGCAGAAAAUUUGCACCACAUUGGGGGAGAUACAGAAAUACGAUCUAAAACGUGUGCACUAUUAUUAGGUCAGUUGGAUUUUUGAGGAUUACUUUUACUAUUGAACAACUACAUUGAUCUCCAGCAAUCCAAAAUGUUAAUAAACCUUAAACUUGAAUGUUUAAGAAUACUAAAGUGAGGGUUUGGGUUUAUUAGUAGGGUAUCUGUGUGUGUGCACAAUUAUUAGGCAACAAUUUGUAUUUAACUAUUAUUAUGGAACUAAAUGAAAAACAAAAAUUUUGCAAGUUCAUGUAUAUUUUCAUCGGUAAAAAUUUUUUUUUUUUAAAUUAUAAAACAAAACACAAAUUAUCCAAGUUUGGUAUAAAUGGAAUUGUACUGACCCAUAGAAUAAAGUUAAACAGGUCAGUUCUACUGUAUGCCCCACAAAUUUGCUCAAUUCAAAUUUUAAUUUUUUCAAUUUUGCCAAAUAACUCUUUUUUCUGGCUUUGUAAUAAAUUAUAUGGAAGAAUAAAGUGUGCCAAUGACCUAAUACAACUUUGUCAGAGGAAAAAUACAAAAAGUUAUGGGUCAUAGAAGUUGAGACAAAAGAAAACAUAAGCCACAAAUCAAAUUUCAUCAAAAAAUGAUAUCUUGUUUUAAUCAAGUUUUUAGGUUAAACAUAUUGGGGGAAAUUGAUUAAAACCUGAGUGGUGCAGUUGCUAAUAGCAACCAGACUAUUUUUAUAAAAGCCUCUGAAAAAAUUAACCCCUUAAGGACCAGCACAAGUAAACCUGUACUCCCCUGAAAGACCAGGUCUGUUUCUUCAAAUCGGGGAUGUCUGUCUUUAUUAGAGAAUAACUCUGGUAAUGUUUUUCCAAUCACGAUAAUUCUGACAUUGUUUUUUUGUCACAAGUCGUCCUUCUUGUACAUAGUAAAAGUAAGCCGAUAUCAUUUGUAGUUUUUUUUUUUUACAGUGCAAAAAAUCAUAUUUAAAAAAAAAAAAAAAAAAAAACGAUUUUUUGCUAUUUUAACACUAAUAGGUUGCAUAUAUUUAUACAUACUGACCAAAUAGUUUAUGAAACUUAUACUUUCAGAUGUCUACUUUAUUUUGACAGCAUUUUUUUUGUUUUUAAUUCACAUUUUAAAUUAAUUAGAAGCCUAACAAUUUAACUUGAAAUUUGGAAAAGUACAUUUUUUUUUUAUGUCCUAUGCAAGGUUUACAGAAAUUUGAAGGUGGUAGAACAUAGGAACACCCCCCCCCCCAAAUUACCCCAUUUUAAAAACUAGACCCUUCAAGGUAUUCGCUAGGGGGUACAGGGAGUAUUUUAACACCAUAGUUUUUUUGGCAGGAAUUAUUACAAAGUCAGUGUUAAAAAUUCGAAAUUAGCAUUUUUUCACAAAUACAUCAUUUGUGGGACAUAUUUUUUGUACACCACUUCUGAUAUCGCAAGAAAUGCACCCUAUAUUUUAUUAAACUGCUCGGCCCGUGUUUGGAAAUACCCCCGCUUAGGAAAUUUUUGGUUCCUUGGCCGCGUAGUAGGACCCAGAAGGAGAGGAGCGCCAUUUGGCUUUCAGGGCAUCAUUUUAGGACGAAUAGAUUGUAGGCCGCACUUCAUGCCUGCAAAGGGUUUUAGCUGCCAGAACUAUACAGAACCCCAACAAGUGACCCCAUUUUGGAAACUACACCCCCCUAAAGUAUUCAUCUAGACCAAAGGUGAGUACUUGGAGUCCUUUUUGCGUGGCUGGAAUGGAUACAAAGUCAGUGGAAAAAUGUAACAUUUCUUUUUUUUUCUCACAAAUGCAUUAUUUGUGGGACAUAUUUUUUGUACAUUGCAUCUGAAAAGUAGAAAAUGCGCCCCAUAUUUUAUUACACUGUUCGUCCCGUGUUCGGUAAUACCCCCGCUUAGACCAUAUUUGGUUGCAUGGCCACAUGGUGGGACCCAAAAGGAGAGGAGCACCAUUUGGCUUUCAGGAUAUCAUUAUACAAAUUAUAGGCCGCACUGUCAGAACAAUACUGCACCCCCAGAAGUGACCCCAUUUUCGAAACUACACCCCCUAAAGUAUUCACCUAGGGCAAAAGUGAGCACAUUGAGCCCUUAUUGUGUGGCUAGAAUUAUUUCAAAGUCAGAGAAAAAAUAGAAAUUAGCUUUUUUUUCCCCACAAAUUCUUUAUUUGUGGAACAUCAUUUUGGUAAGUCGCUUUGAAAUGGAGGAAAUGCACCCAUAUUUUAUCACGCUGUUCGUCCCAGGCUGGGCAGUACCCCUACUUAGGCCAUAUCUGGUUGCCUGACCGCCUGGUAAGACCAAGAAGGAGAGGAGCCCCCUUUGGCUUUCAGGGCAUCAUUAUAUGAUUAGUCCCCAUUCAUACUGCGUUUCUGCAGUAUAGGUGUCCGUUGUCACACCAAAAAAGCGAUGCCAAUGUAUACUGUAGUAGUCUCAUUCAGAAAUCAAUGGAGCUGCUACAGUAUACGUCAGCAUCACUCCUUUUGACGUGAUGCUGACGGAUACCUCUAACAUUGCAGAAACGCAGUAUGAACGGGAUGCAGUGUAGGGGCACAGAGCACACCGCAGAUGCCCCCAGCAGUCACAAGGGCGAGAUUACUGCUGUGGCUGGGUAGCUCAGUGUGUCCGCUCAUGACUGCCGGCGGGAAAUCAGCCGCUAUAAGUGGACACACAAAGCUACCUAGCGCUACCUGCGCCGUGUGAUCCUACACAAUAUACAUUUUUAUUUUUGAUUAUAUUUAUUUAAUAAAUGUAUUUUCAUUAAUUUUUUUUUUACACUUUUUUAAAAAAAAUUUUUACACUUGAAUUUUUUACAUUUAUUGUCUUUACACUUUCUUUUUUACACUUAUUUAUUUUAUAUAUUUUUUUUUAUGCUUUCGAAUACUUAGUAUUCCAAAGAAUUGCAGUUAUAUGCUGUCUGCCAGUUUUACACUAGCAGGCAGCAUAUCAGGACGUGCCUCAGGCACGUCCUAUCAGGCAAUAACCGGGGCAGACCUGGGGGACCUAGUAAAGACCCCCGGCUGCCCAGGUAAGCAGCAGCACCCCGCGAUAGUUGCGGGGUGCUACAGGAGAGAGCCCCCUCCCUCUGUCAAAACUCCUUACAGCUCGCGGUCACUUCCGACCACGGCUGUAAGGGUUAAAAUGCCAGGACUGAAGUUUACUUCGGUCCCGGCCUUGCGGCAGGGUCCCGGCUGUGUGUUACAGCCGAGUCCCUGCUGCGAUCUCGUGGGUGCACUGUGCAGCAGUGUAGGAGUAUACACGUCCUAAUGGCUGAACGUGCAUUCAGACCGGACGUGUAUACACAGCAAUGGUCCUUGAGGUGUUAAAGAAGCCAUCUGAUUGGUUGCUCUGGGCAUCGGUAAAACUUUUCCUCUUCACAGGUUUGGAAAAAUCUCCUCUAUGGUUUAAGAACUUUUGGUGAUUUUUUUUCUCCAUUUUACCAAUUAUAUUUUGAAAUGAUCAUGAAAUUUUCAUUGUGGCUACUCUGCUUCAAAAUAAGCUUAGACUUUCUGUCCUGUACAAAUGAUUCCCAGUAAUCCCUCUUUCCGAAUUACAGAUAGGAGUACAAAGAAAGGUGGCACCAGUAAAUAACACUGGAUUCACCACCAUUCACAGCAGAGAUCAGCCUCUCUCCUCCCUAUAGAUUGACCUCUGUAGCAUCUCAAAUUCAUGUGAAUUUAAUAGGUCCUGUCUAUUAUGAUCUAUGGUCCUGCUGAAAAAGCAUAAUAAUGCUGUUAAAAACAGCUCAGGCAAGCUAGCAGCCCCCAUAACAUACAAAAAAAAUUACAAAUCAGAAACAAUGACAAGCAGAAUAUAAAGAACAUGGCGCUAAUAUGUAUAAAAAUCUAGGCGGCACAUUCCCUUUAAAGUGGGGGAGAUUUAUCAAAACGUGAAGUGGUAGAGUUGCCCAUAGUAACCAAACUGAUUGCACCUUUCGAAUUAUACCAGCCCAUACUAGUACCCCACCUUUACCUUGCUAGUGUCAAAGUGAAGCUCUGUGUCUAUUACUGAUUUAACUACAGGCCCAUGCAUCUACAUCUCUCACUAUUAGAGAGACAGUAAAUUCGAUUCGUCACGAACUUCUCGGCUCGGCAGUG